AUGUGUCUGGGGACAGGUGUGCGGGGACAGGUGUGCGGGGACAGGUGUGUGGAGACAGUUCCCAUAGAUGGUGCAGCCCCGACGACGGACGGCUGUUCCAAUCCCCCGGUUGGUGCCCGCCAUCUAUCCCGUGUUGCCCGCGCGCCGCCCGGCAGCAUGAUCUCGCCCUGGGGUUUCGCCAGCCCCGAGAUCCACUUCCCCCCUCCAAAGCCCAACCAGAACAACAUAGACAACAUCUGCUCGCUGCGGCGUUUCCGGCCCGUGUACGAACUGGCCACCAUGGCCUCCGACCCCAGCGGACACCACCGGGAGAUGGCACGCACCAUCAACCAGCUCGAGACCGUCUACGCCAAGUGCUGUGCCGGCAGCGACAAGGCGGCCUGCGCCGCUCGCUCGUUCACCCCGCCCACCAACCCCGUGCCCCUGCUCCAGUGGUCACAGCUGUUGGUCCACUUCUGCAUGGAACCAACGGAGAAAUCGGGAGCAUCCACCCCAUGUUGCCUGAAGGUGGGCGCGGCGAGGGACACCUGCUUCGCCAGCCGAGCCAUCUUCCCCAACCACGACCGUGAAGUCCACUUCCUCAACCUGGCCGAGGUGUGCCUGAAGGAGCUGGAUAUUCUCUGCCGUUCACCCAUUGAGGUGCUCAAGGACGGGCCGUCAAGUAUUCUGGUGAAGGCGCUGAGGAAGAAUUGCUGCAAAGGGCAAACUGCGGCAAAGGCGAAGAAAUGUGCAUCGGGAGAGAGAGUCAGGUUUGCGGACCAGGCAUGCAAGAAAGAGGCCAAGAAGUGGAGUGAUACACACGGCUGCUGCAAAACGACCGGUGCCUCGUGCUUUGAUACCAAGUAUCUUGCAAACGUGAAGGUGAUCGCAAAGACUCCCAAUGACAUUAACCUGAAACAAUUCUGAGUCCGACGCCAACUCCGUCAUUGGGAACAUCCCGCCAAACUGCAUCCCGGAAUCUGAAGACAAGACACAGAGUGCUGGAGUAACUCAGCGGGUCAGGCAGCAUCUGUGGAGAACAUGGAUAGGUGACGUUU